GGCCCCUCCCACAGUAUGUUCUGCUGUAGAACUUUCCAGCUUUUAUUCUUUCUCUACCGGCUGCUCGACAGAGAGGGGAUCACUGCCGCCACAAGCCCAGCCCUGGUCUGCCUCGAUUAUCUGUCUGUCCUGCUACACGCGAUAGUCGCUCCUAGAAUUGAGAUAACAGACUUUGAAACCAGCUUUAAAGUUAAGCACUCUGACGGGAGUUGUGCAGCAAGAGGCAGAACAACUGUGACCAAAGUUCUUUUUUUUCCUGAAAACUUGAAGAUGGCCGAGAAGCAGAUUAGUUUGCCUGCCAAGCUCAUCAAUGGCGGCGUUGCUGGAAUCAUUGGGGUGACCUGCGUAUUUCCAAUUGACCUUGCCAAAACACGGCUACAGAAUCAGCGAAAUGGCCAGCAGAUCUAUAAAAGCAUGUGGGAUUGUUUGAGAAAGACGCUGAGAUCAGACGGUUAUUUUGGAAUGUACAGAGGUGCAGCAGUAAAUCUCACACUUGUAACCCCUGAAAAGGCAAUUAAACUGGCUGCUAAUGACUAUUUCAGAUACCACCUGUCUAAAACUGGCUCGCCUUUGACUCUGUCCAAAGAAAUGCUGGCAGGAUGUGGUGCAGGAGUCUGUCAGGUUAUUAUCACUACACCAAUGGAGAUGUUAAAAAUACAGCUACAAGAUGCUGGAAGACUAGCUACCCAGCAAAAGACCAUAAAAGGAACACAAUGCAUGCCGACGGGCACUAAGCACUUAAACACAAUUCCUGUAUUGACAAGGGCCUAUAAUGUUGGACCGACAUCUGCUGCUCGCAAAGUGUCUGCUACACAAAUUGCCUCUGAACUUCUUCGCACAGAAGGCAUAAAAGGCCUCUACAGAGGGCUAGGUGCCACCCUGCUGAGGGAUGUACCAUUCUCUGUCAUCUACUUUCCAUUAUUUUCUAAUCUCAACAAACUGGGCAAGGCUUCUCCCGAUGACAAGGCUCCAUUCCUUUACUCAUUUGUAGCAGGCUGCAUAGCUGGAUCCACUGCUGCUGUGGCUGUCAGUCCUUGUGACGUAAUAAAGACACGCCUUCAGUCUUUAAACAAGGGAGCAAAUGAAGAAGCUUACAGUGGAAUUGUGGAUUGUGCCAGGAAACUCUGGAUGAAGGAGGGUCCAGCUGCUUUUUUUAAAGGAGCAGGAUGCCGAGCACUAGUCAUUGCACCUUUGUUUGGUAUAGCUCAGGUUAUGUACUUCUUGGGUGUUGGAGAAACUGUACUUGAGUUGGCUCAAUUCAACAGCUUGAUGGCCUAAAGCUACGCAUUCCACGGCAGUAAACGACAAGACUGCAAUAGAGUGAAACUGGCUGCAACCAUCCUCUAUAAAUUCAGCCUCUACAUCCCCUCACCUUUGUGUAAUACCUUCCGAGUUGGCAAGCUCAAAAGUUUCCAAAGGCACUGAAGGGUUUACAGGUGAUCUUUGUUUUGUUCUCACCUGCCCUCUCCCUUCUUUAGCACUUAUAACAACUAAAUGUACUACUCACUCACAGAUACAACUAAAAAAAGAGCACUAUUUGUCUACAUUAGUAAAAAAGAUUACUUGAAUAUCAAUUAAUUUCACAGCUAAUGUAAGCAUUCCUGCUAAGAUUUGUUAUUGCUGUUAAAAAGAGCUGGGAAUGCAUCUGAAUUUCUAUUCACUGCUCGCCUUUUCAAAAAGUCUUGAAAGUCAAGGGGUUAUUUGUUCACAGGGGCCAAGUUUUUUUUCUGUUUGAAAUAUUCACAGGUAAAGAUCGAAGUAAAAACUUGAAUAUC